CCUCUGAGGACCAUUCUCGAGGACACUUCUCUGGCGCUUGCACGUGCUACCUCCACUCACUAGAAACCCUUGUGUUCUCAGUGACUCUGCGACGCACGGGAGCCAUGACAUCGUCAACCUUCGCGUUCUUUGGGCUCCUGGUGGCUCGGUCGGCCAUCAUUGCGUGCAGCGAAUGGCAGAUUUAUAAGAUGCCUGAGAUUCCUAGGCUUGGUGGCUGGCAGAAGCAUAACGUUUCCGAUGACGCAAUCUACGAGGAGUUGGCCCACUUUGCUGUCUCCAAGCAAGUUGAAAACCGGCAGUUUUAUGACACCGUGCUCGAGCUUGUCGACGUCGAGAUCCAGGUCGUACAAGGUUUAAAUUACCGAAUAAAGUUCAAGACCGCGGAAUCAACAUGCAGGGUAACGGACACUUACAGCAAAGAUCUUUGCCUUCCUAAGUCUAGAGAGGUGGUCAAGGAUACCUGCACCGCUGUCAUCUACGACGUGUCGUGGCUGAAUCGACGAUCGGUGUCCUCUUUCACCUGUGAAGGAAAUGCCGUUUCCACGUGAAGAAAGAAAUGCAUGACAUCUUGACAGAUAGCAGUGCUCUUAAGCAGAAUAAACUUUUAUGUAAUAAAGUGCCACUUGGGUAAAUUGGGUGGUUUCCCUGUGAAAGCAGCGCAAAUCCUUAAACUGAUUUCGCUAUGCCCGUUCGGUCCACCCUAUUACUGGGCUACGGGCCCUUGACUGUGUAAUACAGAGCUUUACCUUGUCUAUUACCAUGCUUAUUGGCGAGAUACCUAGUUUUCGGAGGUGCCCUAUCACGCGCGCGGGCUGGUGCUGCCAUAUUUUGUUACAUUUUUUUCUACAUUUUAAAUAAACGUAAUAGUGAUUUCUGC